AUGUGUGCAGCGCCAGGCUGCGAAACCGCAAGCGUCGGAGCCGCCUUGUCCUCGAGUCGAGUUCUGGAGUGCCGUUUCUUCCGUUUCGGAUCACGGCGGAGCCGGUGUCUUCUCUCAAGGAAGCCCACACGAGAUCGGGCGCUGAAUCUGGGGGAAGCGAAGGAACUGCUCAAGGCCUUCCGAGAGAUCGCAAGCGCAAAGGACUUUCAGAAGACUUUAGGCAACAUACACAAGCAAGGGUCGGAAGCGGUGCAGAGAAUGCAGCCCAUGUUUGUUGGCCAGUCCUUUAAUCGGACGAUGGCAAUGUAUGAUUUUCCGCUCACAACGGAAGGGUACCAGGACAUGGCACGUGGCGUCAGCAAGCAUUCGUGGAAUAUCCAUGUCAAAGCUCAAGCUCACGAGGUUGAGCGUUUGCUGAGAAUGCCACCCGGAGCUUUCUUCGGGAUACCUGGAGAGCCUGGCCAGGAGCAGGAUUUCCCUCCUCUUCCGGAGGACGAGCCCAGCAAGACUCCCGCAAAGGUGCCACCACGACAAGAGCCUCUACCGCCAAAGUCGAAAUCGCGGCAGGGCAUCGAGGUGCUGGCCCGACAUGCAGUUGACAAUGCAGAGGUGCGAGUGGCACUUCCGCAUGACGCCACUUUCUUUGACUGCAAGCAGGCGAUAUCCAAAUUUCUGGGUCGCGACGAGAUCCUGCGCAAGGGCAGGCUUGUGCAGAAAAAAGGAGGCGUCUAUUCAACCUACAAGGAUGACGAUCCCAUCGGGGACGUUCGUCAGGUUUUGGUACUGGGUGCUGAUCUCCGAACGGUCGAAGACCAAGAAGACGAUCAACCACCCCCAAUCCAUCCGUAUGCCGCGCAACCCAAAGCACCUGUGCAGAGCCCCAACGAGGGCUCGCGAGCAGGUGUCGACUCGUAUUCUGUGCCCCGCCGCCGUGAAGGGCUAGAGCCACCACCUCGCGCAAAGGAAUCUGCGUAUCCAAGCGCAGAUCCUCCUCCCGCCCCGCCCAAACCACCUGAGCCCAAACCGACACCCAAGAAGGCCGCUCCACCACCCAAGCCCAAGCCACCUCCACCGCCACAGCAGUAUGAGAUCAGGAUAAGACAUGCUGUUGAAGCAGGACCCGAGAUCACACUGACCAUAUGGACGAACUGGACUUUCGAUGCUGUUCGGGAAGCCUUGGCCAAGAAGCUUGGAAGGGAUGACAUCCGACGGAAAGCGAGGUUCGUGUUCAAGGCGAGUGCUGGCACCUCACCAUGGAUCGCCUUCAAGGACCAGGAGACUGUUGGCUGGGCACCCGAUGGCUCCCGUCGCAACGAGCUGAUGAUGCUCGGUGUUGAGCUGGACGACACAGAGCCUGUAGAAACUGCCCUGCCGUUGGACUCCAUGAAACGUCUUCUUCAGGAACUCGAGAACGCCUGUGCGCAGGAUGAUUUGCAAGUACAGUUGGAGAAAUUGCACGACCGAGGCGGCAUAGCGUUGCAGCUCGGCAUCACUCAACUCAUGGGACAGGCAGUGCAGAAGGCGACUGAGCUCGUGCUCGGCAGGGGGUGGAAGCUUCAGAGAGUAAUCGACGCCGUCAAGGUGCACUCAAGUGAUCAGUCUGUCCGAUCACUGGCAGAAGGUGUUGAGAGACGACUUCGACUCGAACCGGGGAUGCUCUUCAGUCGUCCCCAGGCUGGAAGAUCAGCAAACAGUGCGAACAGGGUGCCGAUGGGUCGCAGUGCCAUGGAGGAGCUGGAUCACGUCGACUCGAACGAUGAGCCAGCUGGACUGCCAGAGCUCAGCGUCCAACAGGUGAUUGCCAUGCAGCGGGAGCUUCAUGCAGGAUUUGCAGACCCCGCCUUUCAAAGGAGGCUCGACAUCCUGGAGAACUUCCACGCAAAGGAUCCCAAGCUCAUCCCGAUGAGACAAGAGCUGUUCCUGUCAGUUCAGAGCAAGGUUCUGCCGAAGUAUGGCUUCCAGGGAAGCCUAAAGGGCGUCUUCGACAUGCUGGAAGUCUUCCGCCGACCCGACCUGCAGCACAACGGGGAGUUCGUCCGACUUGGGCUGAACACGCAAAGUGGUCUGUCUGCGAGAAAAAGGGUGCAGCACGUGAUCCAGGUCCGAGUUGAACUCACUUCUUCGGCUGAUGCCAGACGGUCGACCGCGCAUUGCAAGCAGGCUCAGGAAAGGGAAGAAGUUGGUUUCCCGAAUCGCGAAGCCAUGGCUCGUCGAGUGCGCGGUGUGUCAGCGCUGGUGGUGGCAGCGUUGGUCUUGGUUGCUGCACGUCAAUGUAUGGACCUGUGCUUCGUGACGCCGGGUGCAGGGUCAUCCACCAGGCGUGGUGUGGCCACCACCGUGGCAACUGGCUUGGCGAGCCUGAUUGGUCUGGAGUCGGCCAAGGCCUAUGACCUCCCUGACCUUCCCUAUGCUUAUGAUGCACUGGAGCCAUCGAUCGACAAGGCCACCAUGGAGUUCCACCACGACAAGCAUCAUCUCACCUAUGUGACCAACAUCAAUAAGGCUCUUAAGGACAAGAAGCAGCCUCCUCUUGUUGAGCUACAGAAGACGGCCAUCAAGGACGGUGCUGCAUUCCGCAACAGUGGCGGUGGUGCCUACAAUCACAACUUCUUCUGGUUGGAGAUGGCUCCCACUGGCACCGGGGGUUCACCUUCCGAGAAGCUUUCUUCAGCCAUAGAUGCGUCCUUUGGAUCCAUGGAUGAUUUCAAGGCCAAGUUCGAAGCCGCCGGCGCUCCUGGUGCUCGCUUCGGUUCGGGCUGGGUGUGGCUGGUGGUGACAGCUGACAAGAAGCUGGCAAUUACCUCCACGCCCAACCAGGACAACCCACUGAUGGAGGGUGUCGAGGGCACGCCCGGCAUUCCCAUUCUUGGCUGUGACGUCUGGGAGCAUGCAUACUACCUGAAGUACCAGUACCGGCGCCCGGAUUACAUCAAGGCGUGGUGGAACGUCGUGAACUGGAAGCAGGUGAGUGCCUGGUACGAGGGUGCCAUGGGCGGCAGCGCGCCGACCGCGUGA